AAACCUUCGCCGAAACACGUCCCAACAGUCACGAAGUUGCGGAAUAUUGUCAAUGGUUUGCUUAUGGCGCAAAGGGCUUAUGGAGCCCAACUUUGGCUGAGAAGAUAUUCGAGGAAGUGGGGGAAAUGAUUGUGGGGAAAAUAUGGCGUUGUUGAAACCUGGUGAAAUUAUGGUGGGAUGUCUAAAAAAGGGGGGAUCAUGCGAAGGCUUCUGACUGUUUCAUAUUCAUUGUGUUGGUGAUGGGCAUCUGAAUGUGGGGACACACAAGAAGUUUCAGAAAUCAACUUCCGACGGGGGUAAAACAGAGGAGAAAUUUUUUAGAGAAUCCACAAUGAUGAUGGUUAAAACUCUUCUAGUUCUAUCCUGGGAUGCAUGGAGAACAAGAAAACGUUGGUGUUUUGGCUUAUAGGUUAAUCCUGACUAAUAGAACGUCCCAGCACCCGGACCCUGCGCAACAUAGUGGAAAACUAUAACCGAAAGUCGAAAUUUUUCCGGUUCU